AUGGACAAAAUAAAACGUCUCGAGAAGCGGUUGGCGGAAGAGCGGGAGAAGCUGGAAAGGCGAGAAGGCGAACAACAAGCCGAGGCAAAGCAAAAAGAGAGUCAACGUUUGGAACGAUUAAUUACCAAAGCUUUGUCACGCGCUACAGAUUCUAAAAAUCCAAGCGUCCCCGAUUACCCUAGCAACCUGCGAAGCUUCGCCCAAGCCCGGUACAGGCACUCUAUCCGACACCUCAGCCUACCUGCCUUAGUUUUUGCUUCUCGGCAUAUUCCCUAUAACACAUGGCAAGAUCUAGAAAGGCAUCGCCCUGAACUAUUCUCAUCCACCGUGGGGAAGCUAAAUGGCAAAUGCAAAGUGUUGCUUAAAAGUCAAUGGCCAUUCUGGUACCAAACACUUGCCGAGCCCGCACAGGCGGACCCUGCUGAGCCCGAACAGGCGGACCUUCGCGUCCCUAAGCUGGCUACGUUGUUCCUCACUGAACUCCUCGUUCACAAACAUUCCGGGGAUAUUAAUUAUCUUUCGGCACACAUCCAACAGUUUUACCAGCCUGAUCAGAAUCAGCAGCCUAACCUAGGCUCUACAGCCAAUAGCACCUGGAGGCAAGACGCGCAACCAGCUGCUUUAGACGCAGACGGAACUCUCUUUUCGACCGAGGAGUUCCAAGCUCGGAAGCGACAACGCUUAAAUCCCCCCCAAGAUUUCCAGCCAACCACGGCCAAGGCGGACCACCCGCACUUAUCAUCCCCGUCCGUUCGCGCGGUCGGCAUCCAACCGACUGACCCCACGGUCCAUGAGGCCCUGCAGGCGCCUUGGGGGGUUAACUCGGCCUCCAAUGCCGACGUAGUCUCACCGGGACACAACUUUGGGCUUCAAUCUGGUACGGCUACGACUGCGCUCCCUCCCGUCGCAAAUCCUCUGGCGAACAACGAGCCCCUUGGCGAGGUACUACCGCAAAGUCCACCGAGAAAGGCAAAAUUUUAUGCCAUCCACCCGGAUCUGGUAUCGAAGGAGGUGUCUUCCUGCCUCCGCCUCGUCGUCCCUGAUGCCGCCCAUGAACAAGCUUUGAUAACCGGAACCGCCUAUAUCGAUAACGCGUAUCGCGAUUUCCUUAUUGGCCAUAAUUCAAGUGUGUUGUUUUUGCAAGGAGAUGUGGAGGUCAACAAGGACGAGGACGGGAGUCUGAUGCGGGACAUGACCGCGUUAGCCGAUGCCGGAGUAGGCCCCAUUCCCGCAACGUCAUAG